AUGAGAGAAGUCAUUAGCAUCAACGUCGGCCAGGCCGGUUGCCAGAUUGCAAACUCCUGCUGGGAGCUCUACUGCCUUGAGCAUGGUAUUCAGCCUGAUGGAUAUCUGACCGAAGAGCGCAAAGCUGCCGACCCUGAUCAGGGGUUCAGCACCUUCUUCUCUGAGACCGGCCAAGGCAAAUAUGUCCCCCGAACCAUCUAUGCCGAUCUCGAGCCCAACGUUGUUGAUGAAGUCCGCACCGGUCAAUAUCGGAGUCUGUUCCACCCGGAGAUGAUGAUCACUGGCAAGGAGGAUGCCUCAAACAACUAUGCCCGCGGUCACUACACUGUCGGAAAGGAGUUGAUCGACCAGGUCUUGGACAAGGUUCGCCGUCUUGCCGAUAACUGCUCUGGCCUCCAGGGCUUCCUCGUCUUCCACUCCUUCGGUGGCGGAACUGGCUCUGGUUUCGGUGCCCUCCUUAUGGAGCGUCUGUCCGUUGAUUUCAGUAAGAAGGUGAAGCUCGAGUUCUGCGUUUAUCCCGCACCACAGACCGCUACCUCCGUCGUGGAGCCCUACAACUCGAUCCUUACCACCCACACCACUCUUGAACACUCCGACUGCUCGUUCAUGGUCGACAAUGAGGCCAUUUAUGAUAUUUGCCGGAAGAACCUCGGUCUGGAGCGACCUAACUAUGAGAACUUGAACCGUCUGAUUGCUCAAGUUGUCUCCUCCAUCACUGCCUCGCUCCGUUUCGAUGGUUCCCUCAACGUCGAUUUGAACGAGUUCCAAACCAACUUGGUCCCAUAUCCUCGCAUCCACUUCCCUCUCGUGGCCUACUCCCCUGUCGUUUCCGCGGCCAAGGCAUCCCAUGAGUCCAACACCGUCCAAGAAAUCUCCAUGUCCUGCUUUGAGCCAAACAACCAGAUGGUGAAGUGCGAUCCCCGUAACGGAAAGUAUAUGGCAACUUGCUUGCUGUAUCGUGGAGAUGUUGUUCCCAAGGACGUCAACUCUGCCGUUGCCACCCUGAAGACCAAGAGCACUAUUCAAUUCGUUGACUGGUGCCCAACUGGCUUCAAGAUUGGUAUCUGCUACCAGCCACCUCAAAUGGUUCCCAACGGCGACUUGGCCAAGGUUAACCGUGCUGUCUGCAUGUUGUCCAACACAACUGCUAUUGCCGAAGCUUGGUCCGCCCUUUCACACAAGUUCGACCUCAUGUACUCCAAGCGUGCCUUCGUCCACUGGUAUGUCGGUGAGGGUAUGGAGGAAGGCGAGUUCUCCGAGGCUCGUGAGGAUCUUGCCGCUUUGGAGCGUGAUUAUGAGGAAGUCGCAACUGAUUCGAUGGAAGGUGAUGAGGGUGCGGAGGCUGAGUACUAG